AUGACGGCGGUCCGACGGUGCACCGACCUCUCUUCUCUCCCCUCCCCCGCGCCCCUCCUCUCCCGCCUCAGCUCCGCGGCCUCGCGUCUCCUCCAGAUGAGGAAGUACGGCUCGAGGAAGGAAGACGGCGGUCGUCUGCGGAACGGGCGGUCCAGCUCCGCUUCAAGGCCAGGAUUCAUCGAUCCUUCGUCGUGGAAAUAUUUUGACUCGAGAGCCGUUGGAAUCCCCGCGGGCGCUAUACCUCGCAAUUGUAUGACUGUUCUACAAAUGCUGAAACGAAAAGGAUUUGAAGCUUAUCUUGUUGGGGGAUGUGUGAGAGAUUUGCUACUCAAAAGGGCACCUAAAGAUUUUGAUGUGAUCACCACUGCAAGUCUCAAACAGAUUAAACAACAUGUUUUCUCACGUUGUUUCAUCGUUGGCAAACGCUUUCCAAUAUGCCUUGUUAGAUGGCGUGGUUCAUUAUUUGAGGUUUCAAGCUUCAAAACAAAUACGACUCAAGUGAAAGGAAAUGAAAAUGUAAACUGCUCAGAAGAGACAGAUGGCCAUGAUGAGGGGGAUAUUCUUCGCUGGAAGGAUUCAUUGAGAAGAGACUUUACAGUAAACAGCCUAUUCUUUAAUCCAUUCAAUUACAGAGUUUAUGAUUAUGUGAAUGGAGUAAAGGAUCUAAGGAAAAACAAGGUGUGUACAGUGAUUCCUGCCCAUGUUUCUUUCAAGGAGGAUCCUGCCAGAAUUUUGCGUGGCUUGAGAGUUGCUGCUCGCCUUGGCUUUCAGUUUUCCAGCGAAACUUCUAGUGCAAUACGUGAUCUUUCUCCAUCCAUCAUAGAUAUCGACAAGACAAGGUUGGCUAUGGAAAUGAAAUAUAUGCUAUCUUAUGGGGCGGCAGAGUCUUCGAUUAGAUUACUUAGAAAAUAUGGACUUCUCGAUAUUUUGCUGCCUUUUCAGGCAGCAUAUUUGUCAGAUCAGUUAAAGGGCAAAUCUAGUGACAGAGGGCUGAUGCUCAUGAAUCUAUUGGCUAAUCUUGACAAGUUUUUCUCCGCUGACCGCCCAUGCCACUGCUCUUUGUGGCUAGCGCUGUUGGCAUUUCACAAUGCAUUGGUAAAUUCUCCACAAGAUGCCCAGGUAAUCAAGGCUUUUGCUGCACUGAUGCAUUUUGGAACAUGGGACAGUGCCAUCGAGUUCCUGAACGAAGAUGUUGGAGCACCAGUUACAUAUGUCCCAGAAGCUUUUGGGUGUUCUGGGGCCAAAGUGGAUAAUCUUAUGGAACGGACAUCACAUCUAGUGUCACUAGUCAAAUCUUCGGUUGAUACAUUGACAUGUUUAAAUACUCUCAAACAAUCAGUGGUCAGAUAUCCGGGGGCAUCACAAUUUUCAGGACUUGUUUUUGUAUCAGCCAGGGAGAAGGGCAGAGUGUUGGGGAUAUUUAACGGCCUUGAUUCUGACCUAACUUCAUACGACAAGAGAAGAGGGUCACAUGGGAUUGACUAUAAGUUGCUGGAAGAUGGAGUUACUGCCGAGGUCCGAUUUGUUCUCGGAAAAGUGAUCAUGGACACCAUGAGUGCUGAGUCACCGUGUGCAUCCACCGAUGAUGCUGCUGCUUUGCCAAGGGCAGCGGCGGAUGUUACUGAUGCAGACCAUCGUCCACUGUCCAUGUUAUUUCGUAGUGGUGAAUCAGAGUGA